GACUCCACAUACCAAUCUGUUUGGAGAAGACGCAUUCCAGAGUUCUGAAGCAAAGCAACAAGUGUUAAUUUGAGAUUUGCUGUCCUCGGCAUGGGUUGAAAUGAAAGAAGAUAAAGGAAGAACUCCUCUCCGCAUCAUUCUCCACAAUUUUUUGAACCACAUUGAGAAGUUGGAAUCUCAGAGAUCUCCAGAAGAUAGUUAUGAAAAGGAGUUCCAGGAGCUGAAAUUAUUCAGUGAAAACCUUAAAGGACACAAGCUUUAUGCCAGUGGAGAAGGAGAAAAAGAAGUCAAUCGGAAGAAGAACCGAUACAAAGAUAUUUUGCCAUUUGACUUCAGUCGUGUUAUUCUGAGUGAAUAUGCCGGGACUACAGGAAGUGACUACAUCAAUGCCAAUUUCAUCAGAGGAGCUAGCGGGUCUCCGGCUUACAUUGCUAGCCAGGGGCCCUUACCUCACACCGUCAAUGAUUUCUGGAGAAUGGUGGUGGAAUGUGAAGUCCAUGUCAUUAUUAUGGCCUGCAAUGAAGAUGAAGCCGGAAAGCACAAAUGUGAAAAGUAUUGGGUUGAUCGGGAGGAAGAAGUGAAGCAGUAUGGCAUGGUGCGCAUUCGUUUGAUACAAGGAAGUGAUGUCUGUCCUGACUUUUCUGUGCGCACCAUUAAACUGGAAUAUACCAACAAAGAUAACACCACUGAGGAGCGCACUGUGUGUCAGUUUCAUUAUUCAGCAUGGCCAGAUCACGGCGUACCUCCAUCCGUGCGCCCCCUAUUGGACAUGGUUCGUCUAGUGAGAGAUACGCAAGCCUCUGAAACUCUGCCAGUUCUUGUUCAUUGCUCAGCUGGAUGUGGGCGCACAGGAACAAUUUGUGCAAUUGAUUAUGUUUGGGGAUUACUUCGUGCAGGUAAAUUGACCAAGGACUUCAGUCUUCAUACUUUGGUGCGAGAAAUGCGACGACAGCGUGUUGCUAUGGUUCAAACUACAGAACAAUACAUAUUGGUGCAUAGGGCAGUAAGAGAGUUAUUUAAAGAGCAACUAAGAGUUAUAGAUUCUCACCCUUAUGAAAAUAUUGACCUUGACGGAGCCCUUGUACGCAACAAGAAUGAGGAAGAACCUCUUUAUGAAUCUGUGCGCACGUUUGAUGAACCUAGAAAAAUUGGAAUCAAAACAAUUCAAACUGAUGAGUCCUCUCCUGCACCUCCACUCCCAAGGAAAAAUCGAGUACAUAUGGCUGCAUCCAAACAUGAAAAAGAAGUUGAAAAUCAGACCCAAAAGCAGCGCAACAGUCAAGGAGGACCUGUUGGUAUUGCCAAGCUGAAAGCUAUGUUUGAGCGUAGUCCUGUGUCUCGAAGCCAGUCUCUGGGCAGAAGGCAAGCAUCUAACCCUGUGCCUGUUGUGACUGCACCAUGUCCUGCUCUUCCCAUCAAAAGAAGUAAAUCAUUACGAAUAGUUGGAGAAAGGAACAGGUUAUCUAUUAUUGCACACCAUGCAGCCAAUACAUCAGCUAACGGCUCAGUAAAAUCAAAGCCUCCAACUGCCAGGAACAAAUCGAUGCCAGGUGCACUUCUAAGAAGAAGAAGAAGUUUUGAAUCAGACAACAGUCCAAAACCAACCCGGCGCUCUCUCCACUUGGAUGAUGAUGGCCGCAAACUGCUUCAAGAUUGCAAAGAUUUCCUUUCCAGGUCAGUGGAUUCUCCUUCGGGAGAUGCUGGCUGUCAGCGAAUUGAAGGUGUUGUGGGAGGGAAAGGAAUUCGUGAAAGAAGGGACAGCUUCAGACAAGCUAUAUCUAAGAAGACGGAGUUACCCGCAGACAAGGGUUUGAGCAACACCAAUCCAAUUGUGGCAAGGCAACAUACUCCUCAAAGGAACCAUGAUGUACCUGAUGAAGUUGAUGGCCCGCUGGUACACCAGAUGAGGUAUCAGGGUAACAGUAAAGAUGAAGUCGACACCAGCCUGUCAAAUGUCAUCAUCGUCAAACCUGAUCGAGCCUCUCCUAAGGUAGACUUAUACGUGAAGGGACUCUCAGGAGAAACAGUCACAUCUAAUGGGACUCCAGUAGAAAAUGGUUCUGAUCCUCUGAAGCAAAUUGGUUUAAUUUGGAACCGAGCUGCUACCUCUAUUGAUCUGAAAAGUAAUCUGAAGAAUGGUGACCUGAGUCUGCAAGAACUCAAAUCGUGUUUGAGAAGAGAAGGUACAGCCCAUGAAUUGAAGGCAAGGAAAAUUGAAGCCAUGCAGAAUUCUCUUCCUGUUAAGCCUUACAAAUCUCUGGACAGGGUUCCUAAAAAGGAUGACAUUCAGCCUGCUUCCUCUGAAUGGCGCCCUCCUGUUGUAAAUAAUUCAAUGGGAAGUCCUCACCGUUCUCCUCAAACAACUGUUGAUCGUCGAAAUCCUUUAGCUAUGCCCAGCAGCCCCCAUCGCUCACCUCAGACAACUGUUGACCGUAGGAAUCCUCUUCCAAACAUGACUAUGUCAAGUCCGCAGCAGUCACCCCAAACAACAGUUGAUAGAAGACACUCUCACUAUGCCCCUUCAAGUCCUCACCGGUCUCCACAGACAACCUAUGAUAGAAGAAACGCACUCGCAAGCCCUCAUCAGUCACCCCAAGCCACUGUGGAUCGUAGAAACCCGCUGAGCUCACACCCAAGUCCUCACAGCUCUCCGCAAACCACCGUAGACAGGAGAAACCCACUUUCAGCAGCGGCAAGCCCUCAUCACUCUCCGCAGACAACAGUGGAUCGAAGAAACCCUUUGAGUUCGCAUUCCAGUCCUCAUCAAUCACCUCAAACGACAGUUGAGCGCCGGAAUCAUCUCAAUCAACUCUCAAGUAUGUUGAUGCCAUCAGAAUCUUCACCAAUGAACCCAAGAAAUCAUAUUGGAGCUCCUCAACGCUCUCCUCAAACCACAGUGGAUCGCAGGAACUCUGGGUCUCACAUAUCCCCUCAAACAACUGUGGAUCGCAGGGCACCUCUUAGUUUAGGCGCAAGUCCGCAUGUCUCACCUCAAACGACUGUGGACAGGAGGAACGUGAUGUUGUCAGUUCCUCCUCCCAUGCCCCAGCUGCAAAUGUUGUUGACUGCCAGUCAGCUGGGCAAUGCCGCUUCAUCUCAUCCGAUUGCCCUGCCCCCAAAUGGCAAUGUGCCUCUGAGACCUCCUAUGGGUAUGGAUCAUCAACCACAUCAAUCUCAUCAACCUCGACCCUCUAAUGGCUCUCAACAUAGACCACAUUUGCACAAUGCACGUGGGCAUAGUCAUGGAGUCGCUGCCAUUCCAACUACUUAUGACAAGAAACCAGCAGAACCUUACAGCUACGGACUUGUAGCCAGCGUCCUCAGAAGAGGAUCUCAAGAUGACCUUGCACUCUGUGCAUCUGGAAAUGGAAUAAUUCCUACUAAAGCUUCAACCAGUGGUCAACGCCCGAGCGGACCUAGUGCUCCACCGAGGAUCAAGAGGCAUGCCAGUGUUGUCCUGCCGAGGAAAACUACAGCGAAUAAAGAAGCAGCAGGAGUGUUAAGUCCAAGUACACCUGUUGAUCCGAAGAGGUGGUCUGCCAAGGGAAAUCAAUCUGUCUCUCCGCAAAAGGUGGCAGCUUUUCCACCUGGACCAUUGCCAGCUACAGUUCCAUCUCCCUCUAUUUCAACGGUUCCCUCCCAAGCUCCUGCCACAGUGCCGACAACUACGACUCCCUCUUCUAAAUCCAACACUCCCGUGCAGGCGGCCGGAGCUUCCAAGUCUCGAUCAUCUCCCAAGAAGUUGUCUGGCAGUAGCUUAAGCAGAGCUCUGGGUGCUCUCCAGUUGCGACGUUCUGGAAACUCCUCUGCUUCAUCCCCUCCAGCAGCGGUCAAAGCAGCCAAUGAAGACCCGAGCUCUGCAGUGCAAAGGUCACCUGUCAAAACUGCUACACCCAGCAAAGUCUCUGCCCCUUUCCCAGCAGGUGUGGUGUCACCUACAAUGGUCAUCAACCCUGGAAAAACAAUACUUCCAGCAGGCAUCAUGGAUGAUGGAAGUAAGUCGCACCCAACAGCGCAGGAACAUUCUGUGCGAAGCCCAGUCUCCUACCCAACGAUUCCAAACCACCAGACCCAGCCCACAUACCCCCCUCCAUCGCACCUGCAUCCCCAUCCACACCCCCACCCCCAUCCCCGUCCGCUUGCGGCCACCCCUACCCAGCGCCUGCCGCCCCAGCCAUACCAGCACCGCCACCCCUACCCCCCUCAGAGGCAUGCGCCCCCUGUCGCUGCUCAGCACCAGCCCCUUCAGCAGCACCUCUAUCCACAGACCCCCCACCAGCAUCCAAAGACCCAUAAGAAACAGCAGUAUCUCUGAGAAUUAACAUUCCUUCAAAAAUUAGGGUGGCUUUUACCCAAUUUUAAUGAUUAUUUUUUUAAAACUAUAGAAUUGUAGCAUUUUGGAUGAUAUUUUUUAUAUUCUUUUAUUUUGGUGGAGCACUUGUUUACCUAUGAGGCACGAUUGUAAUCUUUUUCAAGUCGGAACCAGUUUUUUGGUGAAGCAGUGCUGCCUGUUAAGGUUUUGCUACUGACAUAUUGUUGACUUCCAUUUGAAAUUUUGACUGUCUUGCUAUGAAAAUCAUUUUAUUUUAAUUAAGGAAAGUAUUUUUAGAAUUAAGUUUAGGGUUCUUCCAUUUAUUAAUGAAUGAAUGAAAGUGGCAAUAAUAACAUAAGUAUUUAACAGUCAGGAUUUUCUGAGGUUCGUACUUUUAGUAGUAGUAAACUUUACAUUGUGAUUUUUAAGCUCAAACUUUUGUACCGGUAUGUUAGAGAAAAAGUGGACAGAACACAAAUGUUUUUUUUCAAAGCUGUGUUGAUGAUAAAGGACAUGUAGCUUUACUUAUCUCAUUUGUUUUCUGUCUACUGUGUUAAUGUUAUAAUUUUUCUGUCAAAGACAUAUGUUGCGGUUGGAGUUACGCCUUAGAUUGUGUCAUUGUCAUUGGAAAACCUUAAAAUCCAAGUGAUGCCUAGGCAUAUGUGAUAUGAAUGUAUCUAUAAUUAAUCAAAUUUAAGUUUGUAGAGACGAAGUAGUUAGUUCAAAAUUAAAUCAGAGUAAGCUUAACAUUCCAUUUUAUAUUUAUAGUUUGUUAUUUGAAAAUGUGGUUUAAGGACCAAGAAAGCUCUCUAGACAAGAUGAGCCCUCCCAAGGAGAGCCUCUUCUAUCUCUCUUUUAAAGAAAGUAAAAUAUGCUAUUUUAUACCUUGUAGUGGAGGGCAACCUCCUUGUCUCUUUAUUUGUGUUUUACAGAGUCUCCUUAAAAUUUUAGUCACGAAAGAACUGACCUCAGCUAGUAUGUUAUAUCAAAGUCAGGUGUGAUCAGGUCCUUUGUGACUUCAGUGUUUUGUUGUUCUUUUCUUCCAUACUUUGUUUUAGCUGGUCUUUACUUCUCCCUCAGCCAUACAAUAUCUUUAAAAAAGGAGUAUUGUGCUUGGUAUGCUGUAUCAAAUCAUCAUUUCUUGCCCCGAUCAGUUGCUUUAGCUGGUAGAGCAUUUCCUUUUUGUACCAAUAUGGGCAUCAGAGGGUUUCACCAAUAAUAUACUGACUUUCGUUUUCUGUAAUUUUAAGGAACCCUGCACAGUUAAUUUAUUAUUUUUGGGGUUGAAGAAAUGAUGCAAUCAAAAUUUUUCACACCAUACCAAAUUCUGUAAACAGAGAGUUCAUUCUGUUAAUGUCUAUUUGUAUCUUGUAUUAAUUUUUUCUACUGUUUUUGUUUCCUUGUUUCUUUAUGAAAGAAAUGUUGUUAACGUUGGGUUAAAAUAUGUUUCUAAUGGGGUGAACUAAAAAAGUUGUUUGCUUUAUUUAUGAUUGUCUUCUUAAUGGUAUAUAUAAAUUUAUUAUGUACAUGUUAAAUUUUAUCUUGUAUCUCUUUCAAAAAUAGUUUCAACGUCCAGGGAAACCACGGUCACUUUUAGCAAAAUACUUAUAAUAAGAGGUCACCCAGUGCUAUGUUGAAAGAAAAACAUUCAAGUGACAUUUGUAAUUGCUUGUACUUUCUUUUUAAGAAAACUGUAUCCAGUGAUAGGUAUUUUUACAACUGUGAUUGCAUACUUUUACAUUAACUUAUCUAAAUGCCAAUACAUAGUUGACAAGCUUCAGAAAUGUAGGCUUUGUAUCACUCCACAAGCAGCAAUCUUGCAGUCCGUCCCUGAUCAUGUAACCGUAACAGAUUCCUUCCAAAUAAAUAAGUUUGUAUUAAAAACUUGAA